AAUUAUUAAAAAAAAAAAAUACAAAAGGGAAAAAAUCGACCAAAAUUUCCCCCAAACUCGACGAACCCUAAUUGCUCUCUCCUCCUUUGGCGAUAGAGAGAAAGGACGAUUUGAAGGGGAUCUCGCCGUCGCCGGUGUCGUUUUGGCCGGUAAUACUCCGCCGGUGUUCUUCUUCUUCUUAAUCGAAGUCUCAGAGACCUCGUCUCACUUCGCGACUCGUUCUCAAUUAAGUCGCCGAAGACCGCUGAAGCUCGUACCUCGCCGAUAACUGAACUCGUGCCUCACCGCUCCGUUCUCACUCUCUCAGCCAUAGUUUCAAGCAAACCAAUCGAUUCUCCUCAGGUAUGACAAUUGAUCAGUUGCCUAAAUGCUUAUUCAAAGAGGGAACUGAAACACAAGUUGAGAAGGUCAACAACAGUUGUCGAACUUCCAUACUUGCGAAGGUGGCGAAGUACUGUCCAGACGAGUACAAAGAAGUGUCGGAGGAUCCGCUAUUUGCUCAGAUUGUGGCCAUUCAUGUACACAAGCUUCAGUUUUCGGCAAGAGCGAUCCACACCUUCGUUUGCAAGCAGCUUCUGUCCGCAAAGCGUUAUGAGUUGUGGUUCCAUUAUGCUAGGAGGCCUCUCAGAUUUUCAAUGCAAGAAUUCUAUGCCAUCACAGGUUUGAAAUACAAUGACGAGCCCGACUUGGAGAUUGAUGACUGGGAAUAUGAUGGAGGGUUUUGGAGUAAGUUGCUAAGGAGACAGAAAAAUAUUUCGGUUCAGCAAAUCAGGAAGGUUCAUGUGAAGUUGUGUAAUACAUGGUCUCGUGUUGAUAGGCUGCGGUUGGUCUAUUUGUGUGUGAUUGCUGGUAUUCUUAUGGCGAAGGAUGAGAAGGUGUGGAUCCCAUACAAGUACAUCAAGCUCGUGAUGAACUUCGAGAAGAUGAGGAAAUAUCCGUGGGGUCUUCACUCUUUUGAUAUGCUGGUGAGUUCCAUUAUCAACGCUAGGGAUAAAGUGAAGACGCAAAACAGUUAUGUCGUAGAUGGAUUCUCGUAUGCACUUCAGAUUUGGUUGAUGGAAGCUGUUCCGGACAUUGGGUCUCUUUUGGGUCAGAAACUGAGAGAAGGCGUGACUACCAUGAGGUGCAGGAAUUGGAAAGGAUCUGCUAAGAUUUCCUAUGAGGAUAUUAUUACCAUAGAGUCUAAUUUUGCUUCCACCGGAGAUGUGUUUCCAUCCAUUUCUACAUCUGGAAAUUUCAAAGACGUGAUUACUGAUGCCGAGUUUGUUCGAGCCUGUGAGAUGAAGGAUGAAAGAGUUGAUCUAAUCAUUGACAUGCAGCGAAACAAGUAUGACUGGAGUAAGCAUGUUUGGGCUUAUAAGGAAACAGUGAAACCAUUUCAGUACAGUUCUGAGGAAGAUGGUUCAGAUGAGGAAGCGGCUGUAGAGACAAGUGAAACUGAAAUUGAAGAAGAAAUAGAAAGCACCCGUGUGUCUCCUACUAAGAAGAGGAAGAACAGGUUUCGGGAUACUGGUGCGGAGUCGAGGAAGAAGAGGUUACUUUGCCAAAGAUCAACCGAGAAAUAUAGAGAUCUUGAAGAGGAAAUGAAGUCCUAUAUCCAGAGUAUGUUUAACUCUUCUUUUACUGCCUUAGGCCUCGAGGUACGCGAGAUUAUUGAAGACCGCUUUACCAAAUUAGAGGAGAAGAUCCUUUCAUCUCAGACUCAGGGUGGUGCGCCUGCUAAUACUCAGACUCGUGGUACUGAUCCGUUUUGGACUCCUUCUGCUGCUGCUGCUGGUGCUGCUGCUGCUGCCACUGCUCCGGCUUCGGUUUCUGGUCGUCCUCCUGCUCCUACUCGGGCUUCUACCGAAGCUCCUGCUUCAGUUUCUACUCGUGGUCUUGCUCCUUCUCGCAGUGCGGCUUCUGCUCCUUAUCGCAGUCGAGCUUCUGCGACUGCUCACAAUGGUGGGCCUGCGAAUGCUGCGAAGACAAGGUCUCAGACAAAGGUAAACAAGAAGUAGAUCAUUUUUCAUGUCUUCGGUUGCUGUUAUAUUUUCAUGUCUUUGGUUGCUUUUCUU